CUGCGGCCUUCAAUUCUGUCUCGUCGUCCACAACUGCACCUUACCACCUUACCAUCUUCUGGAGAGAUCGUUCCUUGGAGUAGCUCUUCCAUCUUUCUCUUCAUCUCGAAACCUGUCCAUAUCUCCUUCAUCAUUCUCAGUCCUCCGACACCAUGCGUGAAAUUGUUCACUUGCAGACCGGCCAAUGUGGCAACCAAAUCGGUGCUGCCUUCUGGCAGAUCAUCUCCGGCGAGCACGGCCUUGAUGGCUCUGGAGUUUACAAUGGCACCUCGGAUCUCCAACUGGAGCGCAUGAAUGUCUACUUCAAUGAGGCUUCUGGAAACAAAUAUGUCCCCCGUGCUGUCCUCGUUGAUCUCGAGCCGGGUACUAUGGACGCUGUCCGAGCUGGCCCUUUCGGUCAACUCUUCCGUCCUGAUAACUUUGUUUUUGGCCAGAGCGGUGCUGGAAACAACUGGGCCAAGGGUCACUACACUGAGGGCGCGGAACUUGUGGACCAAGUUCUCGAUGUCGUCCGACGUGAAGCCGAGAGCUGUGACUGCCUCCAGGGAUUCCAGAUCACCCACUCCCUUGGUGGUGGUACCGGUGCCGGUAUGGGUACAUUGUUGAUCUCCAAGAUUCGAGAAGAGUUCCCCGACCGAAUGAUGGCCACUUUCUCCGUCGUCCCAUCCCCGAAGGUUUCCGAUACUGUGGUCGAGCCGUACAAUGCUACUCUGUCCGUCCACCAAUUGGUUGAGAACUCUGAUGAGACCUUCUGCAUUGACAACGAGGCUCUCUACGACAUCUGCAUGCGCACACUCAAGCUGUCCAACCCCUCAUACGGCGACUUGAACCAUCUCGUCUCGGCAGUCAUGUCCGGUGUCACCACCUGCCUGCGAUUCCCUGGUCAACUCAACUCUGACCUAAGAAAAUUGGCCGUCAACAUGGUCCCAUUCCCUCGACUUCACUUCUUCAUGGUCGGCUUUGCUCCGCUUACCAGCCGCAACGCCUACUCCUUCCGCGCCGUCAGUGUUCCCGAACUGACACAGCAGAUGUUCGAUCCUAAGAACAUGAUGGCUGCUUCCGACUUCCGAAACGGCCGAUAUCUGACUUGCUCUGCCAUCUUCCGCGGCAAGGUCAGCAUGAAGGAGGUCGAGGACCAGAUGCGUAAUGUUCAGAACAAGAACAACAGCUACUUUGUUGAGUGGAUCCCUAACAACGUGCAAACCGCUCUUUGCUCGAUCCCCCCACGAGGCCUGAAGAUGUCAUCCACCUUCGUCGGCAACUCUACCUCUAUCCAAGAACUCUUCAAGCGUGUGGGCGAUCAGUUCACUGCUAUGUUCCGGCGCAAGGCUUUCUUGCAUUGGUAUACUGGCGAGGGUAUGGAUGAGAUGGAAUUCACCGAGGCCGAGUCCAAUAUGAAUGAUCUCGUCUCGGAGUAUCAACAAUACCAAGAUGCCAGCAUCUCCGAGGGCGAAGAGGAGUAUGGUGAGGAGGAAGCGCCUUUGGAAGAGGAGGCUUAAACGAAGACUGAGUUUUCCUGCACGACGAGCUGGGGGUUGUCUCUUGUCAGUGUACAUCUGAAGACCACACAGGAUGUCGAUGGCGUGGUUGCAGUAGUGUGAACAACUUAGAAGGACAGGACCAUUGAUUGGUUUUGUUUGGAAUCCAUCGAUCAGCACCAAAUUUUCAUUGAUUUUCCAGGGCGAUGCGAUGCAGGGCAGGAUGCAGAAUAUUCAGACAUCGACUAAGCUCACUCCAGCCUUCCAUCCAUAGCAAGCAAGCGUGGCGAACAUGGUAGUGAAUUGAAAUGAAGCACUUUCACUGUCUAUCAGUGUUUCCAUGGCUGACACAUCCAGCUGAAUGACGAUGUCCAUCUUCAUAUCCCGUGUAGUCGCAGAGAACUGGCUAGGCUACCCCUUCGUCCCU